UAAAUACCGAAAAUAAAACACACAAAUUCUCUUGUAUGUCGCUCUUAUCCAAUUAAUUGAUUCCAUAAUAGCCGCCAAUUUCACACAAAUUUUAAAAGCCCUAAUUCUUAAUUUAUUAAUUAAUCAGAAUUAGAUCUUCUUUUCACUCAGGCUAGUAGGCUACACCUAAUCGUUGGGUCACUCGGUUUUUGCUUAUUUAUCGUGCUGACAUAAUGUCAGAACCGGAUGUGAUCAAACCCGAGAUGAUGAAGUCUUAUAUAUGGCUACAAACUGCUGAUGAAUCAAUUCAGCAGGUUGAACAGGAGGUUGCUAUAUUUUGUCCCUUUAUAUGUCAUGAGAUACAUGCAGGGAUGGGAUCUUCAAAGACUCAUCCAAUAUCUCUUCCAGCUCGAGUGAAUCCCGUCACGUUAAGUUUAAUACUUGAUUAUUGCCGAUUUCAUCAAGUUGCAGGGCGUUCUAACAAGGAACGGAAGUCAUUUGAUGAGAAAUUCAUCCGCAUGGACACAAAUAGGCUGUGUGAGUUGACAUCUGCUGCUGACAGUCUACAAUUAAAGCCAUUAGUUGAUCUUACCAGCCGGGCACUUGCAAGAAUGAUAGAAGGAAAAACUCCCGAAGAGAUUCGUGAAACUUUUCAUAUACCUGACGAUCUAACAGAGGAAGAAAAAUUAGAGCCUUUGAAGAAUAUAACUGAUGAUCCGCGGAUACGAUUAUUGAAUAGACUAUAUGCAAGAAAGCGGAAAGAACUAAAAGAAAAGGAGAAACUCAAGAAUGUUGAGGUUGAAGCAGAGCAUGUAGAUGAUCGUUCAGUGGAUGAAUUAUUGUCGUUUAUUAAUGGAGAAAAUGGAGAUUCAAAGGAAGUAAAAACAGCAAAGAACAAAAAGAAAAACCGUAAAAGAAAGGACCAACUAAAGAAUGCUCCUGUAUGCGCAAAUGCCUCUUCUUCUCCAAACAAUGCCAACAAGGAAGCGAAUGGUAUUAGUUCUGUGGGGCAUGAUGAGAGGGUACAAGGUAAUUGCUUACCCGAUAUCAGUGAGCUUUUGAAGUUACAAAAUGCAGAAGAUGAUAGAUUUGGACUUGAGGAUGAGUUUGAUGAUUGUGAUAUAGGAGAUGAGAUAGAUCCGGAAAUAAAAGAACAAAUUGACCGAGAAGUGGAGGACUUUGCUCGAAGGUUGAAUUCCGAUUGGCCAGAGAGAGUGCAAGAGCUUUUAUCUCUUGGCCAAGAACGAAGACCAAGUUUAUAUACUGUUAAUGGAAACGGUACCUCAGCAAAACGUUCAUGCUCGACAGGGUUGGAGAAGCAUGAUAAGUGAUCUCUGUAACGGUGAAGACUCGAUUUUGACAUUCAGUAAGAGAUUAGAAAUAUGCAUGGAUUCUCGAAUGUAAACCAUCUAAUUAUGUUUCUUUUCCUUUUACUUUUUGUUCCUUUGUCAAACCUAAUGAUGAAAUUUUGAUUUGUUUUACCGUGGUUGGAUAAUAAUCAAAGGUGUACUUAUUAUAAUA